AUGAGUCAGCCAGAAACCAUCAGUGACUCUUUGGGAAACACAACCACCUCCUCACAACCAUUAACCGACAAUCAUCAACAGAUAUUUGUCAAUGACUUGCCAGAUGAGAUUUUAAUUCAUUCCUUCUCGCAGCUCGACCCUUCUUCAUUGAAUAGUCUACGACUCGUUUGCAAGAAAUGGAACCAUGUAAUCAGUGACAAGGAAACCUGGACCAAACUGUUUCGUAGACGGUUUGGAAUACAAACUUCAGUAUCAUCGUUCCCCAGUGUUACACAUGGAUCAAAUUGGAUGCAAGAGUAUUUUGCUAGGCUAAGGAUCAUACGUAAUUGGAAAAAGGGUAUAUCUACACAUCAAACGUACCAGAUGGUCAAUAGUGAACAUCGUAUGGGUGGAUUGACGUUGUGUGAUUUCAAAAUGAAUAAACUUGCCGUAUUUGAUAAAGUACUGGGCAAUAUUAGUGUGGGCAAUCUUGAUAGUGGGAAAAAUCAAAGUUUCAUUCCAGGAAUGAUGAAUAUGGACAUUUUGAGUUAUGACAUGAACUUUAAUUACUUGGUGAUGGGAAAAAAGGAUGGAGGGAUUGUGGUCAAGAACUUGAUCAUAAGCACUUCAAUAAGUCAGCGGGGUAGUGUGACAAAUUUUGAAGUUGUUGAUGAGGAAAGGAGUUCGGUUACCAGUGUGACUAUUAACACGAAAGUUGACAAGAAUGGAUUGUCAGUUGACGUCAUUAGUGGACUGGCUGAUGGCAGUUUACGGAGUUGGAGCCUACAUGGGAAACUCAAGAAUAAGGUCGCGUUGGACGGGAUUGUUUUGAACAUUAAGUCUGAUUUCAGCAAGUACAUAAUUGCAAACACCACUGCAUCGGUCUAUGUUUUGAGAUUUGAAAAUUUGGAGAUUUUGGGACAUGCGCAUUUGGAUAGUCCCAUGUGCGACGAAGAAGCAAUGCAUAUUGAGCAACUCGUUCACCUGAAAAACUCCUUAGAUGUUGAUUUUGGUCGACAAAGCAUCAUUAUAUGUCGUGACAGGAGUGUUCGGGUUUAUGACUUCUACUGCACUGGAGUACGAAGACUAGAUCUUGAAGAUGCAGUUGUUGUUCUGACGCAACUUCAAACGGCAGAUAAACGGAGUUUGCUGAAUGUGAACUCGAAUGCAGUCGUUGGUGGUGAUGGGUUACUUUGUGGGAAUCUACUAAGUGACGGAAGCAUUAUUGUUUGGAAUGUCCGUGAGGUGUCAUCGCAAAAGAUUGAACCACAGCUACGACUUUCCCCCGAAUUGAAUCAUAAGAAGAUUCUGGGUCGAAUACACAAUGCAGUAUUGAAUGGCCACUUACUUGGUGUUUCAACUUUUGCAUUGAAUGCGUCUGUUGUUGCAGUGGCGGGAUACAACGGAUUGACAUGCAUUUAUGAUGUCUUUACUGGAAAGUUUUUGAGGGAAGUUUCAAUCAAGUUUCCCAAGCGAUUCGACCACAUGCAGCAUUACCCCAAACUGGUGGAAUUGGUACAACUCAACUUUGACCAAGAAGAUACCAAUGGUGUAAUAGUGUGUGGAGAUGUGAUUCAAUAUUUCGAAGUUGGAAAGAUAAAUAGUAAACGACCUGGUGUUGGUUCGAGGAAAGCAAAGCACGUUAAUAUGGGAUCUCAUGGCAAGCACGAGUCCAAGAAGAAGAUAAGAGAUGGCAUGGACGAGUACCAUCGACAGGUAUACGUACAAAACAAAACUGAGGAGUUGUUUGAUCGAUACAAUGGGACCGAAUUUGAUGACGAGGAAGAGGAAAUGAGAGUUGCUUUGGCCAUGAGCGAAAACAUGUAUAGCAAUAACUCAAGUCAAACAGAUAUGGAGGUGCAUAUCAAUGGAAGCAGUCGUCCAGAUAAUGACUUGGCGUUGGCCUUGGAACUUUCGGCAGGAAAAACUGGUGAUGACAAUGGCUGCUUUCAAUCACAAGACAGAGUGAUACAUCAAACGCAAGACGAUGAUGAGGUUGAUGAAGAGUUGAGACGUGCUUUGGAAUUAUCAUUGAUAGAGCACUGA